GGGUCUCGGUCAGGACGUGCCGGCGCCUAUAAGAGCCAGUGCGCUGCGGCCGGAGCCUAUUGUUAGCCGCAGUCGGGGCGGUUCUGGGCGUCUGCUGCCGGGGGCGCCCGAGUUGCCGGAGCCGCCCGGCCCUCUCUGCCUGCCGGCUGGGCUGCCCACCGCCCUCCCUCCCCGCCCUGCCGCCCUGGGAGCUCCCCGGCCGUCGCCGCGGGGCCCGGGACUCGCUCGCUCCUCCCUCCUUCCCACCCGGGCUAGGGCGGCGGCGGCAGCGGGGGCGGCAGAGACCAUCACGGGAGGAGGCAGCUGCGGCGGGGCCGGUAAUGGGCCUAGGGGUGCGGGGCGGAGGGUGCCGCCUCGUCCUUUCUCGGGAUCGGCCCUCGGGCGGCCGUGGAGGAGUGGUCAAGCCCAGAGCCGUGCGGAUGGAGGGAAUCCUAAUGUACCUGGCUAGCUGGUGGUGAGCAGGGGCUUUGGGGCCAACUUGUUGGGCUCCCCAAGGAAACCCCUUUGAAACCAAUGGAUGCAUUCACGGGCUCGGGUCUCAAGAGGAAGUUUGAUGAUGUGGAUGUGGGCUCAUCAGUUUCCAACUCGGAUGAUGAGAUCUCCAGCAGCGAUAGUGCUGACAGCUGCGACAGCCUCAAUCCUCCUACCACUGCCAGCUUCACACCCACAUCCAUCCUGAAGCGGCAGAAGCAGCUGCGGAGGAAGAAUGUACGCUUUGACCAGGUGACUGUAUACUAUUUUGCCCGGCGCCAGGGUUUUACCAGUGUGCCCAGCCAGGGUGGUAGCUCACUGGGCAUGGCCCAGCGCCAUAACUCUGUACGGAGCUACACACUCUGUGAGUUUGCCCAAGAACAGGAGGUGAACCAUCGAGAGAUUCUGCGUGAGCACCUGAAGGAAGAGAAACUCCACGCCAAAAAAAUGAAGCUGACCAAGAAUGGGACAGUGGAGUCGGUGGAGGCCGAUGGCCUGACGCUGGAUGAUGUGUCAGAUGAAGAUAUUGAUGUGGAAAAUGUGGAGGUGGAUGAUUACUUCUUCCUGCAGCCUCUGCCCACCAAACGGCGACGGGCCCUGCUGAGGGCUUCUGGGGUCCACCGCAUUGAUGCUGAAGAGAAGCAAGAACUUCGAGCCAUCCGCCUGUCACGGGAAGAAUGUGGUUGUGACUGCCGACUGUAUUGUGACCCAGAAGCGUGUGCCUGCAGCCAGGCUGGGAUUAAAUGCCAGGUGGAUCGCAUGUCCUUUCCAUGUGGCUGCUCCCGGGAUGGCUGUGGGAACAUGGCAGGGCGCAUUGAAUUUAAUCCAAUCCGGGUUCGGACUCAUUACCUCCACACCAUUAUGAAGCUGGAGCUGGAGAGCAAGCGGCAGGUGAGCCGCCCAGCAGCCCCAGAUGAGGAGCCCUCCCCCACUGCCAGUUGCAGCCUGACAGGAGCACAGGGCUCUGAGACCCAGGACUUCCAGGAGUUCAUUGCUGAGAAUGAGACAGCAGUGAUGCACCUGCAGAGUGCAGAGGAACUGGAGCGGCUCAAGGCAGAAGAAGAUUCCAGCGGCUCUAGUGCCAGCCUGGACUCGAGCAUUGAGAGCCUGGGUGUGUGCAUCCUGGAGGAGCCCCUGGCUGUCCCCGAAGAGCUGUGCCCAGGCCUUACAGCCCCCAUUCUCAUCCAGGCUCAGCUGCCCCCAGGCUCCUCUGUCCUGUGUUUUACCGAGAACUCAGACCACCCAACUGCCUCAGCGGUGAACAGCCCAUCCUACUUGAACAGUGGGCCCCUGGUCUAUUAUCAAGUGGAGCAGAGGCCAGUCUUGGGAGUGAAAGGAGAGCCUGGUAUAGAAGAAGGCUCAGCCUCUUUCCCAAAGGAGAAGGAUCUGAAUGUCUUCUCUCUCCCUGUUACCUCACUGGUGGCUUGUAGCUCCACAGACCCAACUGCCCUCUGUAAAUCAGAGGUGGGGAAAACACCCACCCUUGAAGCGCUAUUGCCCGAAGAUUGUAACCCUGAGGAGCCUGAAAAUGAAGACUUCCGCCCUUCCUGGUCCCCCUCAAGCCUCCCCUUCCGCACGGACAAUGAAGAGGGCUGUGGGGUGGUGAAGACCUCCCAGCAGAAGGAGGAUCGGCCCCCUGAAGAUUCUUCCUUAGAACUCCCUCUGGCAGUGUGAUAGGGGCUAGAGGUCCUGCCUCUUACCCGUUCUCUAUUUAUUCCCUUAUUUUAUCUAACACCAUUUCAAAACAAAACUGUAGAAGCAGCUGCUGCUCCCAUGUUAUUUUAUUGGGGUCUUUGGGGAAUGGGUGGGAAAGGAUUGUUUUGAGUAUUUUUUAAAAGGGAAACAGUACCAAGGAGACCAGCCCCAGCUUGAUCUGGGGAUCCUGGGGGCAGAGAAAGCUGCAUAGUGCUGAACACUCAGCUUUCUGGGCCACUGGAACAAAGAACUAGGAUCUCACAGGAGAAGCUGGGUAACUCAAGCAGCUAGUCUUUCUGUAGGGACCAGAACGUGAGAAUUUGAAGAACAUGGCAAAGCCCCUUCUCUCCCAAGCCCCAGGCAGAGUACAAGCUCAUUUUUCUCGGUGGCUAUUCUGAUUCCCCAUUUUGGUGUGUCAUAAUACUUCAAACUAGAAAGUCACCUGGUCGAGUCUCAGGAGGAGGGAAUGGAAGGAUCUCUGCUUCUGUACAAAAUCUCCAGAAUUUACAAAAAUUUAACUUGCCUUCCUUCAAUCCCCUAUUUGGUAAAUAGGUUAAUAUUUGACAUGUUUGGUGUUCUCCGACCUGUUCCCCACACUGGGGAUUCCUGGUCUGUAACUUGAAUUGUUUCUUCCACAUGUUCUUAAGUACUAGAGUUAAACUUGUCUAUAUGUCUUUUUUUCCCUCCAUCUUUUUUCCUUUGGAGAAAAAGAGCUGGAUUGGCUGGGGAUGUGCUAUAAAGAGCCUGAGCCUUCUGUACGUAUCUGAUACUAGCCUGUCAGGCAGCUUUCGGCUGGGGCUCACCCAUCCCACAGGAGGCCUGUGUGGAGCAUUAACUGUGGCCAAAGGAGGCAGCGGGAACAGGCUGCUUGCUAUUUGGAAAGAUGACAUAUUUGUGCUGUGCUUGUUUUUCCACCCAGGUUUUUCCCUCUUUGUGAGAUCUGAGCUUUAGUGGAAUGUAGGAUGUGGCAAUCUUAAGGUCACAACCAGUUUUCGUUCUUUUUUUCCUGUAUCUACCCUCAUGGUUGUUUUCAACAUACCAGGUUAGAGAGUUCUUACACUGUUCAAGUCCAGGAAUUGCAAAUGUUUAUUGGACCCCUCCAUCUUGAUGAUACAUAAAAAUUGGAAGCCACACCAGUUCUUAAAUGCCACAUGCAAUUCCCAGAUUCCAAAGGAUUCACGUUCUAAUUAUAACCUUUGAAGCAUAUAGAAUGGAACUCAUUCAGUUUGAUUCAGUUCUUACCUCUGUCAGGGGGAAUAUGGUUCAUGUUCAUCCUAUGUUCUAAGAUCUCCUCCAUUGAACAGCACUGAUUUCCUUUUAUUAGCAAUCUUUGCCUCUGUUCUAAAAUGGAGGCAGUAGGGAGCAAAACUAUUCUUCUCAAGCAUCCUUUACACCAUACAUUACUUCUGGUAUGGUUUAUUAACCACACACACAAAAGAGUGAAAAACUGUUGGGGGGAAGACACUACUACUUAUCUUCCUUAUAAAGCCUUUUCUGUGGGAUAUUAAGGCCCUGGUGUCUUACAGAAACUAUGUAUGUCGCAGAAGCAUUUCACCCCUGAAGUCUCUAAACUCGAGCCUGAAAGGAUUUGUAUUUAAUACACAUACAUUGUUUAGUUCAUUCUGCCUCUCCUAUUUGUUCCAGUGUUUGCUUGGUUUUAGUUUGGAGGGGAACUUAAGUACAUAAAUCCUUAUCUCUCCCCAUCCCCUAGCCUCACGAAACAGAGUUGAGAGUCUUAAGUACCUGAGAUCUCAAAGCUAUCCAGAACUGAACUAGACUCCCCUACCUUAGACUAGUACCCACAAACACAGGACUGAAGCUUAAUUGGGAAUUUGGCUUUAUGGAGAAAAGAAUCUUUUUCAAAGUUUGUGUCAGAAGGGGAGGGUGAGGUCUGCACACUGCCUUUGCAGGAAGGCUCUAGCUUAAUCUAGGAAGUAGAUUCCAGCUGCACGAUGAGGAACACAUUAGCUUUUGGGAUCAAACCAGGAAUAUGAAUCUGUAAUUAUUAAGCUCAUUGCCAACCCAUAAGAUAACUGAUGUUUCUGAAAACCUGUAGUUUCUUAAUCUACGUCCAUCCCCUUCAUUAACUCUACAGUUGUGAUUCACACUGAUCCCAAACUUUUGAGUGCUAAAUAUUAACAUUUAGCAUUAACUGUCUUGUCAAGCAAAAGGCCUUCUCUACAACCUAGUCCAUCUCACUUCUGGUGCUACCUGAGUUGGACAGAAUUCUAGCUCAUGGUUGCUAGGAAAGCUAGGCCUCUGAUCACAGAAGCAGACAGCUUCAGCCCCAGUCUAGGCCUAGAUAAAUGACUUCUCACCACAACUCUUACUAUUUUCCAAUUUCCUUUCUCACAUACUGUACACAGGUAGUAUUUUCAAUGUGAAUCCAAAGCUUGUCUGGUUCUCUGAAAAUAAUUUUUUCCCCUUAGGUUCUUUACAUUGUGAUAAUGCUGUAUUUAAAGAGAAUAUUUAAAUGUAAUAUUAAAGAAAUAUUCAAA